AAUGUCAAAAUUAGAAUUUCUGGAAGAGAAGUUAAGAUGGCAAGAAGAAAAGAUCAAAGAUUUGGAAGAUGAAAGAGACUUCCUUAGGGGCCAGCUCAAAAACAAAGGCAUGAUUCCUGAUCCUGCAAAUGAGGACAUCAAAUUCCGUGUGGACGAUUCUUCAUCUGAAUCAUCUGGUUCACCUGGAAUCAGUGACUCUUCGGAAUCUGAUAAGGCUUACAAAAAGGCCAAAAAAAGAAGAAGCACAUGGACAGCAAAACACUUUCAUGCUAGAGCUCAAAGUCCUGAGGAGGUCAUCACUCGAUACCGCAAGGUGCUCAAGACUUUUCAGAGGGUACGCACCAUGACUGAAGCAUUCAACCGGCAUAAUGUUGACCGCGGAACAAUUGCUUUUACUGCGGCAAUUGCAGAACUUGCAAUCGUUGAUCCCAAAAUGUAUGAAAGUCUUGCUGCUAUGUCAACAAAGGAGACCUUGGCUGCAUUUUCAAAAAGAUGUGCAGCCCACAUCAAUGAAGAAACAAAGAACAAGAUUGAAGACAUGAAGGCGAAGGGACAGCUUCUUCCCAUUCGCUGGAAAUGAGUUAUUUGUUGAAAAUUAGCUGUAAACAAAAGAUGUAGGGUUUUUUUUAGCAGUAGUAGGGAACGUUUUAAUAUAUUUGGGAAUGUUUUUGUAUAUUUGGGAAUACUUU